AUGACGCCACGAGACCCCAACACCCUGGCCAACUAUGGCGAGUGGCUCACAAAGCACACCACCGUCAACUUCAAGGUGGACUUCGAGAAGCAGCGUUUCGAGGGAUCUGUUCUUCUUGAACUGGAAUCGUUGACGGACAAGAAGAGUGAAGAGGUCAUUUUGGACACGAAUCAUCUAUCCGUCUUAUCAGUCAAGUCUAACUCUGCAGAUUUGCAGUGGGCCCUCAAAGACCGGGUUGAGCCCUACGGCUCGCCGCUUCAUGUGUCGGUGCCUGGAGGUGCAUCGCAAGGUGACAUCCUCAAGCUAGACAUUGCGGUGCAGACCACCAAGGACUGCGUAGGACUUCAAUGGAUGACACCGGCGCAGACCGGCAACAAGAAACAUCCUUAUGUCUACUCGCAAUGCCAGGCUAUCUUGGCCCGCUCAAUUUUCCCAUGUCAGGACACACCUGAUGUGAAGUCCACCUUCACCUUCAACAUCACCUCACCUCUGCCAGUAGUUGCGAGCGGUGUCCCCGUGCCAUCAGAUAUUCAGGGCGAUGGGGAGAAGCUUUUCCGCUUUGAACAGAAGGUUCCUAUCCCCUCGUACCUCUUUGCCCUUGCUUCGGGAGAUCUCGAGACAGCCCCUAUCGGUAAACGCUCUGUCGUUGCCACUGGGCCAGAGGCGCUACAGGAGGCCAAGUGGGAGCUAGAAAACGACAUGGACAAGUUCCUCGAUGUAGCAGAGAAACUCAUCUUUGAUUACCAAUGGGGCCCGUACAACGUUCUAGUGUUGCCCCCUAGCUUCGCGUAUGGUGGAAUGGAGAACCCAAUUUUCACAUUCGCGACGCCUACCAUCAUCAGUGGUGAUCGUCAAAACGUCGAUGUGAUUGCCCAUGAGUUAAGUCACUCAUGGAGUGGCAAUUUGGUGGGCUGUGCCUCGUGGGAGCACUUCUGGCUUAAUGAAGGCUGGACUACCUACCUCGAACGUCGGAUCGGUGCUGCAAUUCAUGGCGCGCCACAAUUUGACUUCAGUGCCAUAAUCGGAUGGAAAUCGCUCGAGGAUUCCGUAGCCCUCAUGGGCCCAGAACACGAGUUCACCAAGCUCAUCAUCAGCCACAAAGGUGUCGAUCCCGAGGACGCGUUUAGCUCGAUUCCAUACGAAAAGGGCUUUCAUUUCCUCUAUUAUCUCGAUAGACUUGUCGGCCGGGAACACUUUGACAAGUUUAUUCCUCACUACUUCAAAACUUGGGCUCGAAAGUCCCUUGACUCUUACGAGUUCAAACAAACUUUCUUGGAUUUCUUUGAGAAUUAUGGCAACGAUGAAAUCAAGGAGAAGAUUGCUCAGAUUCCAUGGGAAGAGCGAUUCUACAAACCUGGCUUGCCACCCAAACCGGAUUUCGAUACGAGCUACGUCGAUAGCUGUUUAGCACUAGCAGAUAAGUGGAAGCAAGCGGAUUACCAACCCAGCCCUAAGGAUUUAGAAUCGUUCACAGCAAACCAGAUUCUCGUCUUCUUACAGGCUGUUCAGAAUUUCUCGCCUCCCUUGAAUGCCGAGCGAUCCCGCCUCCUCGGAAGCACAUAUAGUCUCAGCUCGUCAAAGAAUGCCGAGUUGAAGACAGCGUACUACCUCAUCGCCCUUAAGGCCGGAGACAAGUCUGAGCUCUCGGGAGUAGUUGAUCUUCUGGGUUCUGUCGGACGCAUGAAGUACGUCAGACCGCUGUACCGCAAGCUCAACGAGCUCGACAGGGAUCUAGCAGUGAAGACAUUCGAAGAGCACAAAGAUUUCUAUCCAUCAACGACAAAAGGCCAGCUGGCCAAGGAUCUAGGGCUCAAAUAA